UAGAAAAAUUUAAGUACAUGUACAUAGAUGUAUAAUUUUUUAAUAAGAGGUUUGUGUCAGCAUGUGGAUGACUGUGGAUCAUGAUGCCAGAUAUUAUAUACAACUUUAACUAUAUACCUGCAGUGUGACUUUACCUAAGGACAAUAUACCGUACCGGUGCACUUGUACGCUGAUGUAAUUGGCACCAAAGUUUGUUGUCCUAGUGGGGGCGUGUUGGUAUACAGUCCCAAUCAAUAACACUGGACGAGCAGUUGUAUUAUGUGUUCAGUGGUGUAGUGAUUGUGUUGGGUUGUUUUGGAUUGUGAUCUUGUGUUGUGAAUCUGGUGAUAUUUGGAUUACAUAUAAUUGUAUUGAAACAUAUGGUAAUUUUGAGUGUGAACUACAUACGGAACCAUUUUCAGGUAGAUUUGUGUAAAUGGAGACAAUCUGGUAUCCUGUCUUAUCAAUAAACUGAUGUCAGACAUUGGAUUUCUCACCAUGGACUUAAAUCUCAAAUCUGUAUUGGUGUAAAUUUUCAAACGGUUUAAAGACUGUAGACUUGUUAAAUUCUAUUCCAAUUUUAAUCAUCUUGCGGUAUUUAAAGGUUGUGUGCUUUGGUAGUUGCCUUAGUAUCUAAUAAUGGGGAGAUACAAUGAAAAUCCCCUAUCCUUCACCUCUGAUGGUGACGGAAAAAUCCUGUUACUCAAGGGGUCUUUUGGAAACAAAGAGUUUCUAAUGAGAAAGGAUAUCAAGUGUAGCCAUUGUGGUUGGGUUCACGAUCUAAACAAACGCAGAACAAAAACUGAUAAACAAAAAUGCAGGCAAACGUGUGACAAGGAAAGACAACUCAGUGUAAAGGACAUUAGGAGAAAUGUUGAGAAUGUGAUCCACCGAGAUGGGAAAGACCAAAGAUGUAUGGCCCAGCAAAAUGGUGACAACUUUGAUCGUAAGGAUCAGUCAGUGACUAAAUCCAGAAAGGACCAAAAGAAAACUUCAUCAACCAAGAAUUAUGAACAGUCCAGUGAAGAAAGAUAUGUCAAAGUGUUUGAAACAAAUUGUGAGACUUCUAAGUUUGCUUUGGAUGAUAUUUGUGGAGUGGGUGUGAGCAGUGUGGUGCGUCGCUGUGUGGAGAAGGAAACAGGAAAGGAAUAUGCUGUUAAAAUCAUUGACAUCAGUACAGAGAAACAGGAAGAGUAUCAAGCAGAACAGACAAAGCAAGACACUAUAAGGGAGAUUAAUAUACUCAAGAUGUGUUCUGGGCACAAACAUAUCAUUGAACUUCAUGACUCAUUUGAAACCAACACUUUCAUCUUUCUUGUAUUUGAAUUAUGUAAACAGGGAGAAUUAUUUGACUACCUCACACAAGUUGUAACUUUAUCAGAGAAGAGGACACGAAUUGUGAUGAGACAGUUAUUAGAAGCAGUAGAGUUUGUACACAAGAAAAAUAUAGUGCAUCGAGAUUUAAAGCCUGAAAAUAUAUUACUAGACGAUGAUCUCAACUUAAAGUUGUCGGACUUUGGCUUUGCUACAGUUUUGAGUCCCAAUGAAGAAUUAAGUGAGCUUUGUGGAACACCAGGGUAUUUAGCACCUGAGGUAUUGUCAGUGUCUAUGUAUGACGAUGUACCAGGGUACGGUCAGCCGGUUGACAUGUGGGCCAUAGGUGUUAUUAUGUACACACUUCUGUGUGGCGCACCGCCCUUCUGGCACCGUAAACAGAUGCAGAUGCUGCGAAUGAUUAUGCAGGCUAACUACCAGUUUGGAAGUCCAGAGUGGGAUGAUGUCAGCCAGGCCCCUAAAGAUCUGAUCGCAUCAUUGCUGGUUAUAGACCCAGUCAAGCGACUAACUGCUUCUGAAGCUUUGCAGCAUCCAUUCUUCAAAAGAGAGCAGGUGAAACCUGUUGUAAAAUUCCAAGCAAAGAAAAAGUUCAAGGCUGCAGUCAUCUGUAUCAACUUCUUCUUUCGUUUGAGGUUUUUCAAGAACAACCCUCCGCCUAUAUCUGGUGAAGUGAUGAAUAAAAAUCCAUAUAGUGUUAAAAACUUUCGCAAACUCAUCGAUGGGUGUGCAUUUAAAAUGUACGGACACUGGGUAAAGAAAGUGGACAAUCAAAACAGAGCUGCUCUGUUUGAACAUGCCCCACGCAAUGACUGGAAAGAACAACACCAAGAUUCAUGAUCACUUUUGACAGGAGGACUGCAAAUUACUACUGCUUCUUAGUUGGCCAUAUGCCUGAUGUGAUCAGACAAUUAGAAAAAAAACAGUGCUCUCUUAUUGGAUAAAUGUUUGAGGAGAAUGGCACUUUGUGCUACACAGAUUUAAUGCAAGUUCACAGGUGUGUUGCUUUUAAAGAAAUGAAAAAGAAGAAUUCUACCUUGCCAGAUUAGAUAUAUGAAUAGUAAAAGUAGACUCCUCUGAAUGGAAGUGACUAUUUCCCAGCUUUUUCUACACACCAAACCAAAUGUGAUAUUUUUCUAUGUUUUCCUCCAUUUUGAUGUUCAGGAAUUUACCAGUCCCAUUAAAUAUGGUACACGUCUAUUCUUGCAUGUUUUACACAUAGACUAUUUUUAAAUUGUGUUUAUUUUAUCAGGUUUCAAUUGUGUUGCUUAAAUUCAGUGAUGUUGAAUCCCUAGAAAUGUGAUGUGCUCGUUUAUCUAAUAUUUAAAUGAUUUAUUUAUGGGUUACCUCGUUUUUUGUUCUUUCAUUUUAACUCAUGCUUGUUAUGUUUAAACUCCCUGUAGUAUCCAAGUACCAGUAUACAUUACUGUUAUUAUGGAGAAAGAUUUUUGCUUUUGCUUCUGUAACCAUGGUAACCUGUCAAAGGUCAAGUGCUGACCUGUUGGAGAUAAGAUAUCUCGGGUCAUUUUUAUCCUAAUUGUUUGCAUGGUAAUUCAUCACUGAUUAGAGUUUCACUGUAUGUUGAUGCCUUGGCCAUUGACAAAGUCCCUUUUGUUUCAAGCUGAUUUGAAAGUCAGUUGUCGUUGUACACAUCUGGUAUGUAAUUUAGUACCAAUAUCUGUUGCUUAAGAAAAUCUCAGUGGAUUUCCGAGAAAUUAGAUUCUUUGAUGACUUUGUGAUAUUAAGUCUUCCUACUCCGUAGAUAAUACCCGGUGAAGUAAGUACCAAUAUUUAUUAAUCAGGGUCAACAACUCAUUCCGCAGUAUUCAAUGCAGCCUAUUGUUCAUGCAGUUUUAUCAUCCCAUGUGUAUCUAUUUAGUACUCUCAGAGAUUACUGUUUGUCUCAGAAUUUCACUCUCCCGCAAAGAAAUAUAAUUCCAUUACAGAUAUACAGAAUUUGAUCAGGGAACAUGAAUUUUUUCCCCAAAACUCCACAACUACACAAAAAAAUUUUUGUUUAUUGCAUAUGAUCUGAUACAAUCAUGUUUAUGUUAAAACAGUGGACUUCAAAUUCAAAUUAAUCAAGGAAUGUUGGAGAGAUUUUAUAAUUUGAAUUCAAUGGAAUUUAUGAAGUUAUGGUUUUGAAAUGAUUUCUAAGAAAAUACAAUUGAAAUGAUGGUUUAGUAUAGGAAGACAUUUAUUUAGAUUUCAUUUCUUCUUUGGACGAGAUAAAAUAGAAAUCUUCUGUAUAGAAAUGACAGACUUGUUAGCUAGUAGAUUGUGAUGAGGGGUUAGCACAGAGUUUGAUAUGUUACAAGUUGUGAAGGAUAUAUGCAUUAGAUGUUGUUACUGCUAGCUUUUGUGUGUGUGUGAGAGUUGUUCAUAUGCUAUGUCCUCCCCAAAAAACCAAGAGAUUUCUACAAGCUUCUGUUGACAAAAUUAAAACUUUAAAAACUAA